ACAAGUUUUCCCUGGUGUUAUGACACUCCCACACGAUGCUGAGUCUGAACCUGGGCUGUGUGCACAGCAAGACAGUCACCCUAUCCAGCAAGCUAUCUCUCCAGCCUUAAAUUUCAGUAAUAUCAGAGUACCACAAAUCUGCACAAGGUAGCUGCAUAUACACUUAGCUUGGGGACCCCCUGAAAGGGAAGCACAAGGCAAGAUGCCCUAACCUUCAACUUGGUCAUGAACUCCUGCUGAAAAAGGCCCUGUGAAUGCCGACUUGAUAAGACAGUUUCCUCCAGGGCAACUGGAGAGUUUGUGCAGGUGUUCAUGAUGUAGGGGAUAUGAGUGCAGGGCUGUCCUCAACGCCAGAGGUUAACACAUGCUUCAGAGUCCCGAGAUUUCUUACUUUUCGUUCUGGGCGGAGCCUCUUGGGUGUGGCUGUGACAGUGUUUCAGGUCACCACUACUAGCUUUGGUUCCAACGUGGCUUACACUUAAUUGCUACAGCUUGCAAUGUGCCGGUUCGCCAGUCUCCGGGAAGAAGCAGGGAUCACGAAGUGACCAGAGAGGAAGGACGCGAUCCCUCCGCCCACAGUGCGCCAGCCGGAAGGGGCAACCUCCCGCCCACCCCCCAGCAGCGGUCGCCCUCGGAGCCUUACAAACUCCGCGGGAGAGCUGUCUCGGAAGUGGUUCUGAGCUAGGGUGUUAAGUCUUCCCAGCCAGGCUCCGCCCUGGGGUUUAAACGUCAGCAGGCGCGGGCCCCCAGCCAGUCAGCGCCUGAAAGCUGGGGUUCCUUGGAGUCAUGUUUCCAGCCUGCGCUGUGCGCCUACGCGCGCUCCAUAUCCUGCGGGCUCCGCGGGGAGGCGUGCUCCCGCCGGCCGGGGAGCGGAGAGCUGCGCAGAAGUUGUUUUCUUCUGAGAAAGUCAUUCACAAGGAUCGUUCUCUUCCCAACUCCAGCUGGAACAGUGACCUCAAACUCAUGUUUGACCAGUUCAUGAAGAAAUGUGAAGAUGGCUCCUGGGAGCACUUACCUUCAUAUGGUAGCAGAUCAUCUCAAAUAGUUCAAUACUUCAAAGAAGUUUUUCUUGAAACAAAGCUGCGAAAAGAUGAACAGAUGUUGUCACAGGCCCGGCUGUUCACGAGGAGCUACGAGGAUGGCCUGGGCUUUGAGUAUGUUAUGUUCCAUAACGAGCAGGAGAAGAGAACCGUUUGCUUCUGUCAAGGAGGUCCUUACCUGCAGGGACCACCUGGAUUCCUUCAUGGAGGAUCCAUCGCCACCAUAAUUGAUGAGACCGCUAGCAUGACAGCAAUUAUAGCUGGGGGCAUCGUCAUGACAGUCAACCUGAACAUCAACUAUAAAAGGCCCAUCCCUCUUUGUUCUGUUGUUGUGAUUAAUUGUCAAGUUGAUAAAAUUGAAGGAAGGAAAUUGUUUAUUUCCUGUGAUGUUCGGAGCAUUGAUGAGAAGACCCUAUACUCAGACGCAACAAGUUUAUUCAUAAAGCUGGAUCCUAAUAAAAGUUUGACAUAAAGGAACUUCUGGUGAAUCCCAUACCAAUCAAUGAAAGACUCUCCCCCAGUAGAAGCUGUUCCCUGCUCUGCUCCCCGCCUGUUGAGUUCCCCUAGUAGGAUGGGGUCUGCUAGCACUGACCUCCUGAGCAAGAUUUUCAAAUAUAACUCAAGGAACUUCAUGUGGAGAGGAAUAAAAUGUCAUAUUGGA